GUGGAUGCGACGCGACAGAAGAUCGUCAUCGCGGAGGUCAUCAACGUGGCUCGCCGCAACGCAGACUUGCGUAAGCAGGUCCGCUUCCGAGGGCUUCCUGACACAGAAAUUCCUCUCGUGCCCGACGAGUGGGAGCCCUAUCAGCGGAAGUACAUCUGCACACACGGCUGGAAGGAGCGUGAGAGAUCGACGGGGAAGAGGACGUCGCACAAGCUCCGCCGCACUGAGUGUCCGUUCCAGAUGCUUGAACAAGUCGUCCUUCGCCGAGAUGGAAAGUUGGGCAUCGUCAUGAAGCGAGAAGUCUACAGCCACAACCACCCCAUUUCCGACGACAUCUACAGGUCUUACCCAGGUAUUCGCCAGGUUCCUGCCGAGUCUCCGCUCAUGCCCGGAAUCGAGCUCCUGGUCGACACCCAAGCCAGCACUUCCUUCUUAUCUGCCACUUUCAUGUCAUCAAGUGGCUUCAUGAAACCAUCAAGAAAUCGCAGACCUAUGGAGCCUACGAAGCAGAAGUUUUGA